GGGGCGUAAAGCAUUUUUACACUGACAUCGCCGCUACGCAUGCGCACAUGAAGGCAGGAGGAGAGGCGGAUUUUACAACUGAAGUUACUGGACGUACAAUGGCAAGAAUAGAUGCAAAGAAAGGAAAGGAAGCUGGUAUAAUUGGCAUCAUGCUGCUAGCAUUAGGUCUAGCCGAUCUAGUCCUAGGUGUAUUAUGGGUGAAGUACGCCAAAGGUGAAGGGGCCUCUCUUUUCUCUGGUACAGGACUUUGGUCUGGCGCCCUGCUGGGCCUAAAUGGAGCUCUGGGAGUUUUAUGUUGGAUAAAGCACACAAAAUUGGUGGGUGUAUUCUUUCUGGUAUUGGCCAUUUUGAACAUUAUCAUCUCCGGUGCUCAGGCAGCUUUUGCCUAUCUCGGAUGGGUCAUAUGGAAAGCAAUCAAGGACAUUAUCCAGACAAACUGUACUGAUAAAGGCGGCCAGUGUGUCUGUCUUGACAAGGAUGUCCCCAUUGGAUUGGACUCGUGUGACACGGUCAACACUUUUGACUCCAUCUUCCUCAGUCUUCUCAUCAUCAAUGGCAUUGCCACCAUUCUCGCCUUCUCCGCCUCCAUCGUUGGAUGUACAACGGUCUGUUGCUCUAGCCAAACGAUGCCCGUCCCAGCCGUCCCCAAUAUGGAAAUGCAACAAGUCCCCGCGCCGCCACCAGUGGCCGUGGCCAUUGGUCAGUAGACAGAGGACUGGGAGCUAGUUAGCUUACCUUAUCAGUUUUUGCUUUAUCUAGAAACCGAUUCGUCUUGUUUAUUUUUACCACCUUUGUUUGUUAAAACCUGCCAUUAAAACGAAAAUUUCGGGCACUUUA